ACGGUUACAGACAUUAACCGAAUUUCGCGCCCAACAACUAAAUCCAUCCUCAUCAAACCCCCCCUUCUCCCUCCACCUUUGAUUACUCGUUGACACCAUUCCCUCAUUGUCUCUAAUUCAAUUUUCCCAUUUCUCUCUCUUCUUCUUCUUCGUUUUCUCUCUCUCCCCUCUGUUGGAGAUCAGGGUGUUCUGGAUUUUCGAAAGAUUCAUCUUUUCCAGCAAUUAAUUUGGAACUUGAUUUGCUACAUAUAACUGCUCAAGAACGAUUCAGGUUGAUAAAAAAGCGAAAAACAAAUAAACAAAAAACAGACCAUUUGUGUGUUGAGAGAAGGGGGUGCUGCACUAACAACUUGAACUAUGUUCUGCUGUGGAGGUGCAGAAGAAGAAAACGCGGGCCCACCUGCUAAUUACUCAGCCCCUCCUAGAGGAAAUAAUCCAGUUGGUGGCGGCGAUAGAGGAGAGCCAAAAAGUGGUAAUACCAGAAGUGGAGCUCCAGUAAAAGCUUUACCAAUAGAAUUGCCAGCUGUGCCUUUGGAUGAACUAAACAAAUGUACCAACAACUUUAGUCAGAAAACAUUGGUAGGAGAAGGUUCUUAUGGCCGGGUUUUUCAUGGCAAGUUAAACAAUGGCCUAGAGGCUGCAAUAAAGAAAUUGGACACAAGUUCUGCACAGGAUUCAGAUUCUGACUUUGCAGCUCAGUUGUCGAUAGUUUCAAGACUAAAGCACGAGCAUUUUACGGAGCUUAUGGGUUAUUGUUUGGAACAAAAUAACAGAAUUUUGGUUUAUCAAUAUGCAACCAUGGGUUCAUUACAUGAUGUGUUACAUGGAAGGAAAGGAGUUCAAGGUGCAGCACCAGGGCCUGCUCUAACUUGGGCACAAAGAGUUAAAAUUGCCUUUGGAGCUGCAAAAGGACUAGAGUACCUGCAUGAAAAGGUGCAACCAUCUAUUGUUCACCGAGAUGUUAGAUCUAGCAAUGUCCUGUUGUUCGAUGACUACUUGUCAAAAAUAGCUGAUUUCAACCUCACAAGUGCGUCUUCAGAGACAGCAGCUCGCUUGCACUCUACUAGAGUCCUGGGAACAUUUGGUUAUCAUGCUCCUGAGUAUGCCAUGACGGGGCAAAUAACUCAGAAAAGUGACGUAUACAGUUUUGGUGUUGUUCUUCUUGAGCUUUUGACCGGACGAAAGCCAGUAGAUCAUACUAUGCCUAAAGGGCAGCAGAGUCUUGUUACUUGGGCAACUCCUCGGUUGAGUGAGGACAAAGUGAAACAAUGUGUUGACCCCAAGCUUAAUGACAAUUAUCCACCAAAGGCUGUUGCUAAGAUGGCAGCAGUAGCAGCAUUGUGUGUUCAGUACGAAGCUGACUUUAGGCCCAACAUGACGAUUGUGGUUAAGGCUUUGCAGCCUCUUCUGAAUGCUAAUAAACCAGCAGGAGCUGACGCACCAGCUUGAUUAUUAAAAUGUGAUACCAAAGAUAUUUCAUCAUUCUUUCUUUCUUGUGCUCUUUUUGUGUAACUUACACUUUUAGUAUUUCUUCAUUUAGACAUUUGAUGCAGAUAACAGUUCCAGUUCGGUUCAGAAACACUGAGAGUGAGUCAGUGUUACUCUAUCAUUGCCAUUUACACAUUUUAGUGGCUGGCAACAUCAAGUCUUGUUCAUUUAGGCAGAAAAUUUCUCCUAGUCAAGUCUUUUGUACAAGAUCAAAUUUCAAUUUAAUUUCACAAGAACGCGCAUAUGCAUGCUUCUCUUGAUUUUUUGGAUAAAUGAGUCAUGCAGCCUGUUACAACACUGUACCA